GAAAUGGAGGAAAUAACACAAAAAACUGAUGCCCAAAAACAGGACAAUGGACGAAAAGAACAAAAGGGAUUCCAAGUUGUCGUUGUGCGUGAGUUUGAGCUGGCAGACAAAGCAGAGAUACAUCGGAUCUUUUCUGAAGGGCUGAUGGAGAGGGUAGUGGACGCCGCUUUCCGAGGCUUGAGAUAUCACCCAGAAAGUCUCCUGCUGUAUACUGCUUUGACAGUUGUCUGUUUUGUCAGCACCAUGUGUUGGUGGGUGAUAGGACUCCUCCCUGCAUUAGUGCUCUGUGGCCGCUACUUCUACAGCAGACGUGCGAUCCUUGACUACCUGGAGCACGCUAUGAGCGGAGACAUGGGCAACAUGGAGGGAUUUUACAUGAAAUCACCAGCCUCCUGUCUUUGGGUAGCAGUGCUGGAGGGCAAAGUGGUGGGUUUGGUAGCAGCAGUGGACCAGAAGCAGCCAGGGGGGGCCGUCACGCUGCAACGGAUGUCUGUUGACUGGAGAUGUCGCCGGUGUGGAGUCGGUGUGGCGCUGGGAAGGAAGGUUCUGGAGUUCGCUGUCACUCAUGGAUACUCCAGGGUUGCCUUGGGAACCACAGCCUACUCGCCUGCUGUCCACAAGCUCUACCUGCGUCUGGGCUUCCGCUGUGUGGGGGUCACUAUCGAGAACGUCACACCUGGUGCAAAUUGGUCCGUACUUGAACAGAUUUUCUACAGGGUUCGCCAACAUCAAUAUAUCCUAGAUGUUCAAAAUAACGGCAUCACUUCAAAUAAACAAAAUUAAAUUGGAAGGAAUGUAAAAUAAAGAG